UUCUCGAAAUGGCCACUUCCAUGAUUUAUCUUUUUGUUACCAUCUUGCUUGUGGCCGCCCACACGGCUUUUGCCGAAUCAAACAUGCUCCAAGAUUUUUGUGUUGCUGAUCUCAAGGGUGAGAAAGUCAACGGAUACCCAUGCAAAGACCCAGCACAAGUAACACCAGAGGACUUCUACUACAUAGGCUUAGCUAAUGGUGCAUCCACCACCAACACCACACUGGGCUCAGCCGUUACAGGUGCCAACGUUGAGAAAAUCCCUGGCCUCAACACUUUGGGUAUCUCCAUGUCUCGGAUCGACUACGCACCACGCGGACUCAACCCGCCUCAUCUUCACCCCAGAGCUUCAGAAGCCAUAUUCGUCCUAGAAGGACGUCUCUUCGUUGGAUUCUUGACCACCGCUGGAAAACUAAUCUCUAAACACGUCAACAAAGGAGACGUCUUUGUAUUCCCUAGAGCUCUUCUCCAUUUCCAGCAGAGCCCUAACAAUGCUCCUGCUUCCGUGCUCGCUGCUUUUGAUAGUCAGAACUCCGGGGCUCAAGGUGUUGGACCGUCUCUGUUUGGUGCUAACCCUCGGAUUCCUGAUGACUUGCUUGCUAAGGCGUUCUAUUUAGAAUCACAGGAGGUCCAGAAGGUUAACGGUAAAUUCCCAGCUAAGAAAUAA